AUGGCGUGCUCGACGGGCUCGUCAGGUACGUCGUCUACAUGUGUUCAAUGGAUGUGGAAUUCGAAUAAAAACCCAUUUGCAAAGUCAUUGAUCGUGGAAUGGAUUGUAUAUUCUGAUGUGGAAAAUAUAAUUAUUGAAGAAGCAUUUGCAUCAAAUAAAACGCACGCGAUGCUUGACGAUUAUCAUAUUGAUUUUCAUUGCAAUCUUCAAAUUUCGAAUACUGAUGGAAAGAAGCAACGCCCUGUUAAACGAGUAAUACGCGACAAAGACGAUUAUUCUGUUCGGGAAGAUCGAUUCGCCUUCGUUCCUAUUGAUCCUAAACGUCCAUUUACUGGAACAUAUGGUUGGAUUUCACCAUUCAUAAAGGAAACAGUGAAAUUUUUAAAUAUUACACCACAACAAUUACCAUCAAAAGACAACAGGAUUAUCUCCGUGUUGGUGGAGAUGGCUGCUCAAGGCAUUGUUGAAGAAGGUAAAUUACUUGGAAAACAAAUUGAAGGUGAGAAAAUAGCAGAAUUAUUGUUAAAGAAAAAAGAAGCAGAUAUGCAUACAGUGUGGGAGCGUUGUGCUUAUAUUUACUCUUUGACCAGUUUUUUAUACAUGAAGUUGAAUGAAACGAUGCGAUUAAUAGGAAGUGCCGGUCACGAACACAUUUGGCGUAGUAAAAUCGGUACAUUGGGUCCAUUUAGUUUACUCUUAUGGGAUAGCCCAUCGAAUUACAAUUCAGUUAAACCUAAGACGAUACUAUAUCGUGGAGCUCAAUUAACAGAAGAGACAAUAUCGUUUUUCAAGGAUGAUUGCUUACAGAGUCGUAGACCAAAUCGUUCCUUUCCAGCAUUUACUUCAUGCAGUAGAAAUCGAGAAGUUGCAGAGACGUAUGGCAACACUUUGUUUAUCAUGGAGGUUCAGCAUGCUUUUACUGUGGAUCUGCAACCAUUCUCACAAUUUCCAGAUGAAGAAGAGGAAUUAUUAUCUCCUGGUGUCUGUUUCACAGUCGAUUUUGUUGAGUCAGAUGAGCGAAAAACUCGACAUUGGAUAUUUCUGAAGCUGCAGCAGAUGCAUACCCUGAAUAUUCUUUCAGGAAAAGACGCGCAAGAAAUAUCCAUAUCUUUGCCGCAGUCCAAUGAACCCAAAGGUAAAAUCGACAUCAGCCGUCGGCUUCCUAAUGGCGACUACGAGUGUAGAAUUGAAGGUAAUGAUGAUGAUGGUGAAUUGUCAGCUGUUCUUUUGGAUCUUAUGUCUAAGGGUCUUACUUACCCUGGCUCGGACGCUGCCUCUGCAUCUCGCUUCCGAACUGGUACGAAAAAUGACUGGACAUUUUGA